UGAACGAUGCGUGAGCCAUUCAACUAUAGAAGCACUGGACCACUCGAUCGUACUCGAUGGGAUACACUUCUGACUUUGAAUCUUUCGGUGGAGAGCAAAGCUUAGGCGCCGUCCCGCAGAAGCUCCGCGCACAAAGCCCUUUUCAAAAGUUGCCCGAGGGAUUAUGUCUCGAGAGCCCUUUGACGUACCUACGAAGUAGCCACGAAGUACCCAACUCCCGUGGGAAAGGACACCUGGGCGGCGCACCUGUCGCGCCGCGGAAGCGCCCUGAAAGCUGGCGCAAGCUUUGGCUGAAAGCUGUGCCUUGGCCGAAGGACCGCCAGUUGGCGGCCAAAGAGUCCUGUAGUCUGUGCUGGGCAGCGCAUGGCAACAGGUCGGGCAGCGCACCGCCCACAGGAUCUUCUGCGUUCGCGUUCGCAGCAUCCCCGCACAGCCUCGGAGUCUUCGGAGUUCUCGGAGUGCUCGUGGGCCACUUGUUUUCGUUUAACCCAGCCUCCGCAAAGUGGUGGGGGCCCUUCGCGCAGACUUCCAGAAUUGCGCGCGCUAAAAAUAACGGUUGCCCGCCAUUCUAGUCCCGUCAGCUGAAUUGCAAUCCUUCCGAAUCUCUGGAGUGGCGAGGCGAGGCGAAAGAAGUCGCCUUGGGCGCCAAAGUCGACGGCGGCGUCGGAGCAGAAAUGCGUGCCGCGCCUCCUGAGCCUCUGCAAUUAGCCGGAUUCGGUGAACAGGCGGACGGGAUGCGUCUGCGGUCCUGAACGUGCCAAACGCGCUGCUAAGAACGGCCACUAUGACGGGCGCCAACAUCGACUACGACUACCUGCUCAAGUUCCUCGUCCUCGGCGACUCCGGCGUGGGCAAGACCUGCCUCCUCUACCAGUACACGGAUGGCCGGUUCCACACCCAGUUCAUCUCCACCGUGGGCAUCGACUUCCGCGAGAAGCGGCUGUUGUACAACUCCCGCGGACGUCGCCACCGCAUCCACCUGCAGAUCUGGGACACCGCCGGACAGGAGCGCUUCCGGUCGCUAACCACGGCGUUCUACCGCGACGCCAUGGGCUUCCUGCUCAUCUUCGACCUGACCAGCGAGAAGAGCUUCCUGGAGACGGCUAACUGGCUCUCUCAGCUGCGGACGCACGCCUACUCGGAGGACCCGGACGUGGUGCUCUGCGGCAACAAGUGCGACCUGCUGCAGCUGCGCGUGGUGAGUCGCGACCAGGUGGCGGCCCUCUGCCGCCGCUACCGGCUGCCGUACAUCGAGACGAGCGCCUGCACCGGGGCCAACGUCAAGGAGGCCGUGGAGCUGCUGGUGGGCCGCGUCAUGGAGCGGAUCGAGAACGCAGCCUGCAACCGCGAGUUCUCCCUGCUGCUGACCCAGUCGCGCUGCCUGCCGAACACCGCCUACGGCCAGCCGGAGGACCUGGUGCGCCUGCACGACCGGCGGGAGGAGCCCUGCUCGCGGCGCAACUGUCGCAACUGCUAGGUGCCAUGCCCAUGCCCAAGCUCAUGCCCAUGACCAUGUCACCCUUCUUUGUUCCUUGACUCGUGUUUCCGAAUCUAAGUGUGUUUCGCUGUAAAUAAAUGUUGAUUGUUGA